AACCGGAUCCUUGUCAAAAGAAAGAACAACGCACGGAUAUGUGCCAACGAUAUUUUACCAAUGAACGUAAGGGCUGCACCUGCGACGAAUGCAUGGAUGAAUGUGAGGCGGGAAGCAGCGAAGAAGAUUCCGACUCAUGCCAGCAAUGUGGCCCACCGCAGAUUAUGCCUCCGUGUUUUGUUGUGCCCACUAAACCAGAACCCGGUCCUGAGGCCUACGAGCAGUUUGAGGCUUGCCUAAAUGGUAGUGGCCUAGUAAUACGUGUUCUCAAGAAUACUUACGUAGUGGAAAGUGCUGACGAUGGUAUGCAGCAAGGUGGUCACGACAGUGGUAGUGAUUGCGAGGGGAAGAAUACGAAGCAAAACAACAACCAAUGCGAGACCUUGAACGAGAUUCUACAACGCAGUAGUUUCGCCAAAAAUCAUGUCAAGCGACGCACAAAUGGUUACAUCAUCAAUGGCCCGAGGUUGCCGAAAAUCCGAGCUAACAUCAAAUACUCCGCAAAUGAUUCAUGCGAACCGGAUAAUUAUUGUCUACCCUUCAAUAAGAUCAAAUCAAUAUGUAAUGCAGAUCAAAAACUAGAGCUCUACCGUCGUAAAGGACCCUGCUGUGACGACGACAGUUGUGGUCCCAUUGCACCACCAUUGCCGGCGCGGGAUAUACGAAACUGCUGCCUACAAGUAGAUCCUCAAGAUAUUAAAGACACUUUGAAGGGCAUAAACACAGAUACCAGAAAAAAGGGUAUUGAGGUAUGCUACAGAACAUGUGAAGAUACCGAUAGCGACGUCUUUCUGGUGAAAUUAGGCAAUAAGCAGCACUAUCGCCCUAAGCGAAAUACCAUCGAAAUCGAAUUGAAGACACCGAAGCAGCCAAUUAUACUGCCCAAACAGAAAAUGACCACAGAGACGCAGAUCACCGAUAAGGAGCUGGACGAAGCGCUCGCUGCCUUGUGCGCUGGUAAUAAGAAAAAGGGAAAGAAAGGGAAAAAGGGAAAGAAGACGAAGUAAUAAACUAGAAAAUUUCUAAAUAUUUCGCGCUAAAAUCAAAAUGUAAUUAAAUUU